GUCUUGAAGGUAGACCCGAGCGUGAAGGGAAAGCUGCUUCGCGUCUCCCAAGGAGGACAGAGGCCGGUGCAUGAGAUCGAGAACAAGUUCAAUGUUUUCCUCAACAUCGAGGGCUCCGCGGAAGUCCAGGUGCGAGUCGCUGCCUGGGAGUCGGAGGCGCUUGCCGGCGCGAUCGACUACAUCCGCUGGUACGAACCCAAGCCGCCCAAGCCCAGGUGGGACAGCCAUGAGGCGUCCCGGAGGUUCGGGAGGUGGGAGCACCAUGACAAGUCACGGUGGUGGGAAGGCCAUGAAGAGGCCCGACAGGCACCUCCACCAGAGCCUUCUGCAGAACCUGCAAGGCCUCCUCCACCAGCAGAGCCUCCAGGGCCUCCUCCACCGGCAGCGCCAGCGUGGCCAGCGUGGCCAGCGUGGCCAGCAGCCCCUCCUCCAGCACCCUCGCGAACGCCGGCGCCGUCGCGCCCCGCACCCUCGCGUGCUCCUCCCCGGCCUCCACCGGAAGCACCGGAAGCAGCGGAAGCCCCGGAAGCACCCCAAGAGCGCCGAAGUCGGAGCCGGUCGCCGGCACGGCCCCUCCCAGAUCCGCCCAAGAAGAAGCACCUUCCGAUACCUCUGUGGAAGCGGGUGCCCAAGCAGGACGCACCCAGGGAGUGA